AUGGCAUCCGGUUCGCACAGUUUCCUCGACCGACUCUCACCGAGCCGACAACGAUCUCCCAUUCUACCACUCUACACAUCCCGACCGAAGCCUUCAGAUGACUACGACCUCGAUGAUCUGUCCCCCAGACCCGAUGUAUCGCUGCUGUCAGAGUCGCCUCCGCUGCCCAUCAAAAUGUCGAAAGGGCGCUCCCCUUCCCCCGUAGAUCCAUGGGACGACGACCCUUUUGGUCCGGCGGGCUCCGUCUCCAAGUUGAAGCCGAAGGCCAUGUUCGUUGGCCCGCCGCCGCCCAUAGCUACCUCGGUGGUGUUGCAGCCCUCCGCAUCGUCGGGGAGGCGGGGAUCCCGAGGCAACACACACAAGAACGAGGCCAAGAGCAUGUCGUCCAGCCGGCUUGCGUUUGGGAGCAUUCUGUUCGACCAUAGCUCGCGCGACUCAAGCAAGUCCCGCGUUGACUCUGUCUGGCGGAAUCUACAACACCGAGAACGAGCUCUCCACAAAGAGGUACAGCGAUUACUAGACAUACAAGCCACAAGACUUGGAUCCGGCGCCGAGUUUCUCGAUGCUAGCACUGUAGGAGCUGAGACGUGGAGUGAUUCUGGGAGUAGUACGCCAACGGGAACGUUCUAUUCCACAGCGACGUCCAGGUCACGCAUGAUGGCCUCGCUAGACCCACCCGUACGCGCGACUCCUCGCGGCGAUAUUAUACCUGUUCGACAACCCAAGGUACAGGGGCAGCAGGGCCUUCGUGCGGCGCGAAGCGGAUUGCGACAGGCGUUGGCAGCCCUGACUGGUCUCAAGACGGAAGAAAAUGCGUAUAUCGAGUCAGCCCUCUCUCAACGAAGAAAAGCUUUGUCGUAUCUAGACAAGUUGGACAAGCGCAGGGUCAGCAUCUCUGCCGAGUUGCAUAGCUUGGCUGAUGACGAUGAGGAGCCUCUCGCAAAGGAGCUGCGAGGCCUGGGAGAGCAGCAUGAUUCUUUGGGUCAGGAGAUACGCGAGCUCGAGGAGAAGCUCGUUGGUAUGAGGAAUCGGCACCGAUGGCUGGAGCGAAAGAUGGAAGACGUUCACAACCGCCGAGAGGCGGGCUUGAGUGGCUACAGGGGUGCGUUGAGGGAGGUCGAAGGUGAGGUCACAGCCCUCCUACGCCGGCCUCCGAUCGAGCCCCUGGAUCUAGAUGUUGUCGAAGCUGUAUCACGGAACGACUCUGGAACCGGAACCGACAUCCAAGAGCUGCCCGGUGGUGCUGAGUUCUUCCGCAUGAUACCUGCGCGACGGACACUGAGCAUGGCCAAGGACUGGUGGGAAAGUGAAAUGGACUUUCUCCAGAAGCGAAAGGCGCAGAUCGAUAAGGAUCGCGAUGCGCUAGAUCAAGGCACGGAGUUAUGGCAGGAAACGGUGAAACUCGUUACGACAUUCGAGGCAGACCUGCGCCAGUCUCUAAGCGGCGGUGCUUCCUCGGCCAAGGGCAAACAGACUCCUCGUGCACAGCAAGAAGGCGUUGAAGCUCUCUUGCCGCGGAUGGCGAAGGUAAUCUUGGAGCUUGAAGCAAACAUGAGGACAGCCCAGCAGAACACUUGGAAUCUUCUCAUCUGCGCCGUUGGCGCUGAACUCGAAGCGUUCAGAGAUGCCGAGGCUCUCCUUCGAGGAAGUCUACCAAAGCCUCAAGCAGCGGCGACGAAAGUUGAGGACAUCGAAGAACCCUGGCACAACGGCGAUGACCAAGAGGCGCAAAUCUCGCAAGCGAAUUUGGCCACAGCUACGACAGAAACCCAUCACGGAGAGAGUGACAAUGAGGUCCCGCCCGACCUGCUAGUGUCACAUCUAGAAGAGCACGACGACGACCGUUCCCAUGUCGGGUCCAUACGAACUUCGUCUUCGAGGCGUGACAGCGACAAUGAGGUUCCUCCAGAGUUCCUUGCCGAACACAGCAACGAUGAGGGUAUAGACUGA